CAGAUGUUCAUACAAACAUCAUCAUGCAGAAACUACUCGCACAAGUCAGUGACAUUAGUGAAAACAAAACUGAGAAGCAUUUUUCAAACAUAAGUGAAGAUCAGUCUACAAGGUUCGCUGGUGGUGCUGCAGCUAUGAGUGGCGGUGCCAUAUUCCAAGAUGUUCAAACUGGAAGGCAACAGCUGAACUCAAAUAACUUACCAGUGGACUCAGAAAGUGUGACAGAUGAUGAUAAAUCAAACAGUUAUUUAACAUUGUUGAACAAGCAAACUGAAAGUAAAAAUGUAGAGGACCCAGCGUCAACAGAAGCUUUAGUUCCACAGAACAUUUCAAAUAACUUAAGCCAUCCAACACCUUUAACUUCAUUGCCUUCAACGGUUUCGUUAAAUGAAGAUGAAUUCCAUGACUCAAUGAUCACUGAUUCUCAAGCCAGCAUUAUACAAGUUCCAGUAAAAGAAACUGUUGAAAUUAAUAAUUACAUGCCAGAAAUUUCCGAACUUUUGCCUGUCAGAGUGAAACAAAUUACAAAAGAUUUC